GUGACACAGUGGCUCAGGCGUCUGCAGGCUCCGCACUGCCCAAAAUGGCAGCAUGGGGCUUGCAUCCCAAGUAGCUAGCUGUGCCACUGGCACUGUAGUUUACUCCUCACAGAGUUACAAUUCCCAACAACCCUUUAAAACAACAGUGAUCAGAAUUCCUUGAGGGAAACAACAUGCUUCAGAUGUCAUAUUGUGUACACAGCCUAAGUUAUUCAGAUUGAGACUUUAUGCAGUUAUUUGAGGGUAGGUCCACAGAAAUUGGUGAAGCCUUUCCCUGUGCACAGCAUUGGGCUGCAUGGUAGCACUUCCUUAGUAUAUCCCACUGAGUCCUAUAAGAACUGCUAACUGCUACUACUACUAUUUCUCCUUAAAAUUUAAUGUAGUGCAUUCACUUUGCAAAGUACUUGGUGAGCUCUUUUGCCAUCCCUCCCAUAGCAGUCUGAGAAAAGUCACUAUUGUUUCCACUUUGCUGAUGGGGAAACUGAGGCUCAGACUGAGUAUUUCACACAAUUCCAUGAUAUAUUUUUGUGUUAGCUUCCAUACUGACUUCUAAGGGUAGCCCCAUGUUAAGCACAUUGCAGUCGUCCAAAUGGAAAGUCACUAGAGCAUUGAGGACAGGUUAUCAGGGUCCAAAAAAAAAAACAACCCCAAGGGCAACCAGUGACCAGCCGGAAGUGGGGGUUAAGCACCCCUAGCUGAGGAGUCUUCUUGGGACAGCUGCGACAGAGCAAAUCCAGUCGCACUCCUAGACUUACUAACUUGUUCCUUCAGAGGGAGUGCAACCCCUUCCAUGUAAAAGUGUGGAUGCAACAGCACGUGUUUGCAAACACGUGUCUCACACUCCAGGGGGCCAAGGUGAGCGGCAGCUCCGCCAUGACCGCACUGGCGUGGGAAGCGCCUCGCCUUGCGGGGGAAUCUCAACGACCGCGUUGCCUGGUCAGGAACCAGAGCGGGCGGCCUCUUUCGGGGUUGAGGCAGCAGGGCGGGAGGGCGCUUGCAGCUGAGCGCGUCCUAUCUUCGCCACCCACGAGCCCCUUUUCUUCCCUCUUCCCCCUCAGCCCUGCUGGCCCCCUUCCCUCCCCCCCACAGCAACGUUUCCCGCCUUCCUCUUCCCCUCUCCUGCCCAGUCCACGUGCCCUUCGGCGCUGCUCUUCCCCUUCCUUCCCGCUCCCGACUGGAGUAUCUGCUCGCCUGCGCCCCCCGCCCCGCUGCUUUCGGGGACGCUUCUCCGCCCUCCCCAGACGCUCAGCGUCUCUGCUCGGCGGUGCCUUCCUCCUCCCCGCAGCCCCGUUGCUCUUUCAUCCCUCGAGUUUAAUUGCGCGCGUUUUCCCCCCUCCCUCGGCGGGCGGGGGCUCGUCCGGGGCCAGCGCUCCAUAUGCGCGCUUGGGCGGCUGAUGGCCCUGCCCUCGCCUCUGUCAUUUCUACGUCAGACUCGGAGCCGCCUGAGAGCGCUCCCGCUCUUUCUGGCUCACACUCGGGACGGAGACGCGCAGGGUGGCAGCCGCCUGCUCCCGCCUCCUCGGCUCCUGCCCGCCAAAGGCAAAGAAGGGACGCGGCUCCAGCCACGCGACGGGGCAGACGGCGGCGAGCAGCGGCAGAAGCAGCAUCCAUGAGAAGCAUCUCUCAGCCUUGAAGCAGAGUGGCAUACCUAGCUGUGGCAGAGAUGAAUGAAAGCAUUGCCUUGAAUGAAACCAGGAGCCCUGUGCCCUGGAUCCAAGCCAGCAACCAGAAUUCUUCUCUGGAGCUCUCCUCCAAGCUCCCCAUCUUUACCAUCAACCCUUGGGAUAUUAUGCUCUGCAUUUCUGGGACCAUCAUUGCCUGUGAAAAUGCGAUCGUUGUGGCCAUUAUAUUCUACACUCCCAACCUAAGAACCCCAAUGUUUGUGCUGAUUGGGAGCUUGGCCACAGCAGACCUACUGGCUGGAGUUGGCCUGAUCCUCAAUUUUGUUUUCCAGUAUGUGAUCCAGUCAGAAACCAUCAGCCUUAUUACAGUUGGCUUCCUAGUUGCCUCUUUUACUGCCUCUGUGAGUAGCUUAUUAGCCAUCACAGUUGAUCGCUACCUUUCCCUGUACAAUGCACUGACUUACUACUCUGAGAAGACUGCUCUCUGUAUUCAUAUGAUGCUGAUCAUCACAUGGGGGGUUUCCCUCUGCUUAGGACUUCUACCUGUCUUGGGCUGGAAUUGCCUAGAAGAUUAUUCAUCGUGCAGUAUUGUGAGACCCUUGACCAAAAGUAAUGUGACCUUGCUGUCUGCCUCCUUCUUUGUCAUCUUUAUUCUCAUGCUGCACCUGUACAUUAAAAUCUGCAAAAUAGUCUGCAGACAUGCACACCAGAUAGCACUCCAGCAACAUUUUCUGACUGCAUCUCACUAUGUUGCAACCAAAAAGGGAGUCUCAACACUUGCUAUAAUCCUUGGGACUUUUGGAGCCAGUUGGUUACCUUUUGCUAUCUACUGCGUAGUUGGAGAUUCCCGCUACCCUGCUGUGUACACUUAUGCCACACUUCUACCUGCUACCUACAAUUCCAUGAUCAAUCCUAUCAUUUAUGCCUACAGAAACCAAGAAAUUCAGAGGUCUAUGUGGGUUCUGUUUUGUGGCUGCUUUCAAUCAAAAGUGUCCUUUCGUUCAAGAUCCCCCAGUGAUGUCUAAGUGACUUCUCCUUCUGUGUCGUUUUGCACAAAGUGACAAUCUUUGACUUUUGUGAAUUACAGUGCCUGGUAUGAACCAGAUACAUGUUGUGAAAUUGUUUUUUGGGGGGAGAUGUUUAAACAGUAGCACUUUAUGUGUGUGUAUUCUUGAGAAUGUGAAAAGUCUAAAGCUUUUGGUUGUGGGUGGGGGGACCACAGUGUGGUUGUAUACAAGAUUGUGCAUCACAUUUGUAAAGUGGAGGCAUUCCAAGACUACGUAAUUAUAGCACUUUAUUUUUAGCUGCUGAACUGCCAAAACAGUAUUGCCAUUUUUAAAGGGCAAAAAGAAAGAGAGAGAAGAAGUAAAAUAUUGUCUGAUUAUUUUGGGAUGUGAGUGAUAAUAUAUUUUGCUGCACAGUAUUGACAAAUUAUGACAUUUUGUACACAAAUAAAACAAUUCAUUACAUAUUUUUA